AAUGGAAAAAAGAAAAAAAAGCUAGCGCAUAAGUUUAUUUUUUGGCUUUUGUUCCAAAAAACCAAAAAAAAAAGAGUGUAUUUUUUUUGGCUUGCCUCAUAAAAAGAUAAAGAAAAAGAGUGUAUUUUUCGCCUUAAAAAAAAAAAAAAGCAUGUGCUAUAUUGAUAGCCAUGAGUGUUAAAACCACGGAGAGCCCAAAACCCUAAACUGCAGACCAAGGCCUCGGCGGCGAAGCAAAAGGUAAGUGAAAAAUGGCCGUACCAUUGCUGACGAAGAAGAUCGUGAAGAAGCGGGUCAAGCAGUUCAAGAGGCCACAGAGUGACCGCAAGAUCUCUGUGAAGACAAACUGGCGCAGACCCAAGGGUAUUGAUUCUCGUGUGAGAAGAAAGUUCAAAGGAUGCACUUUGAUGCCCAAUAUUGGGUAUGGUUCCGACAAGAAAACUCGCCACCAUCUUCCUAAUGGGUUCAAGAAAUUCGUAGUGCACAAUGUCAAGGAGCUGGAGCUACUGAUGAUGCAUAACAGGACAUACUGUGCUGAGAUUGCACACAAUGUGUCCACAAGAAAGAGGAAGGAGAUUGUGGAGAGAGCUUCCCAGCUUGAUGUUGUUGUUACCAACAAGCUUGCUAGGUUGCGUAGCCAAGAGGAUGAAUAAGUUUCAUUAUCUCAGAUUGUCAUGUUUUUGUGGUGAGCCUGAACAAUUAUUUUUGGCGUUUCGAAGAGAUGUAGUAACAUUUCACUUUUAUCUUCACAAUCAUGAAUUUGAUUUUUGUUAUUAUUUUGUCA